AGUAAGAUAAGAUAUCUGCACAUUUUAAAAAAGAGACAUAGCUAAGAGAAGUGGAUGUGAUACUGCAAAGUUAAAGUGGAACACUGCACUAAGUUUUUGCUCUAAUUAUCCAUGCAGUUUUGUCAUCUUUACAAAUAAGGCUCUUUAUUAUCUGAGUCCAAGUUGUUUUGCAAGUCAUGUGUUAUGAAGAUUUUUUUGUUUGUCUUUAAAAUCAGCUGCACAAUCUAGCAUAAUUCAUAGAUUGAGGCAGUUUCAAUGUGCUUUGCAUGCAUUUUAACUUAAAAAUAUUAAACACAGAAAUCAAGAGAGAUCAUGAAAGAAACAGAAUGAGUUCCUCUGAGUAAAAUUUAUAAAAUAAAUCCAUAUUGACCUCCGGACUAGUUCCUGGUGGUGUAUAUGGAUCAAUAUCUCUCUGCUGAAGUGGCCCCGUUCGGAUCAGCUGGCUUCUGCCUUUUCAACUUGUUGCCACAAUACGCAACCUGAGGCUCGUCGGUGUGGAAAUGACGCGUGUCUCCGCAAAGUUUGGCGAGCCCAUAAAGGAUGGACUGUCCUCUCACUGUCACACUGAGAGGGGAGGGAGAGAGCGAGCAAGACAGCAGGAGCAAAGAGAAAAGAGAGGGAGUGGGACCAGUAAAGAAGACCCGAGAGAGAGACGCACCGAGGAUAGAGAUAGCAGUCUUUUUUUGGGGAGGGGGAGGAAGAUAAAAUUGAACAGUGGCAAUCAUAUUUACCGGAGGCACAAAGUGGAGGAUAUAACAGGCGAGCACCCCCCACCCCCCCGGUCACUGUCUGUGGGAACGGAGUCACUCAGGGGACACGCAAAUGUAAGCGACGCGCACGGAAACGACUCAGGUGCAUAGAGACCAAACUGGCGGCGCUCUUAGGAUGCAGAAGUCACCAGUGGAAGAUGCAAACUUCCUCUCCAAAUAUUUCUUCUGGUGGAUGUCACCGCUGCUGAGGAAGGGCUUCAGAAAGAAGUUGGAGCUUUCAGAUGUGUAUAAGGCUCCUUCCUUCGAUCUGGCAGACAACCUCUCUGAACGACUCGAAAGAGAAUGGGACAGAGAGGUGGUCUCAGCCAAGAACAAGCCCAAGCUAAUGCGAGCGCUGGCCCGCUGCUUCCUCGGCCCUUUCGCCUUCUUUGGUGUCCUCCUCUACCUUGGGGAGGCUUCUAAGGCAGUGCAGCCUCAGCUUUUGGGUCGCAUCAUUGCCUCCUUUGACCCGUUCCAUGCUCCGGAGCGGAGCCAGGGAUACUUCCUGGCCCUGGGCCUCUGCCUCCUCUUCACUGCCCGCUUCCUCCUGUUGCAGCCUGCCAUCUUUGGCCUGCAUCACCUGGGCAUGCAGAUCCGAAUUGCCCUUUUCAGUCUCAUAUACAAGAAGACCCUGAAACUGUCCAGCCGCGUCUUGGAUAAAAUCAGUACCGGUCAACUGGUCAGUCUGAUGUCCGCCCACCUCAACAAGCUGGAUGAGAGUCUGGGUCUGGCGCACUUCGUAUGGAUCACCCCCCUGCAGUGUAUCCUGUGUGUGGGUCUAAUCUGGGAACUGAUCGAGGUGAACGGCUUCUGUGCCCUUGCAGCUCUCACCCUGCUGGGCAUCAUCCAAGCCUGGCUCUCCCAGAAGAUGGGACCUCACCGUGCGAAGCGAGCCGGGAUGAUCAGCCGUCGCCUGGCUCUCACCUCAGAGAUCGUGGAGAACAUCCACUCUGUAAAGGCGUAUGGCUGGGAGGAGGUGAUGGAGACGAUCAUUAAGAACAUCAGACAGGAUGAGAUGACGCUGACGAGGAAGAUCGGUUCCCUGCGUUACUUCUACAGCGCCUCGUACUUCUUCUCCGCCAUCUUGGUCAUCGUGUCGGCCAUCGUGCCGCAUGCGCUCAGUAAAGGCAUCAUCCUCCGUCGUAUCUUCACCACGGCCUCCUACUGCAUGGUGCUGAGAAUGACACUGACCCGCCAACUGCCCGGAUCCAUCCAGAUGUGGUACGAUACGCUGGCACUGGUCCAGAAGAUAGAGGAAUUCUUAAUGAAAGAAGAAUACAGAGCGAUGGAGUACAAUCUGACCACCACUGAAGUGGAGCUGGUCAAUGUGUCCGCAUCCUGGGACGAGGGCAUUGGUGAGCUGUUUGAGAAGAUCAAGCAGGAGAACAAAGCAAACGGACACCCGAACGGCGACGCCGGCCUCUUCUUCACAAACCUCUACGUGACGCCCGUCCUCAAGAACAUCAGCCUGUACCUGGAGAAGGGCAAGAUGCUGGCGGUGGCUGGAUCCACUGGCUCAGGGAAAAGUUCCCUGCUCAUGAUGAUCCUGGGAGAGUUGGUGCCAUCGGAGGGUAAAAUCAGACACAGCGGUCGCAUCUCCUUCUCGCCACAGACUUCCUGGAUCAUGCCCGGGACCAUCCGUGACAACAUCCUGUUUGGCCUGACCUACGACGAGUACCGCUACACCUCCGUCAUCAAGGCUUGCCAGCUGGAGGAGGACUUCGCCUUGCUGCCCGAGAAAGACAAGACGCUCCUUGUCGAAGGAGGAGUGACGCUCAGCGGCGGUCAAAGGGCACGCCUCGGCCUGGCCAGGGCUGUGUAUAAAGAUGCAGACCUUUACCUGCUGGAUGCACCUUUCACCCACUUGGACAUAGUGACAGAGAAAGAGAUCUUUGAGAAAUGUGUCUGUAAACUGAUGGGCUCAAAGACUCGAAUUGUGGUCACCAGCAAGUUGGAUCAUCUCAAACGAGCAGACAAAAUCCUUCUGCUGCACAACGGAGACUGUUACUUCUACGGCACCUUCUCAGAGCUGCAGGCCCAGCGGCCCGACUUCAGCUCCCUCCUCCUCGGCAUGGAAGCUUACGACAACAUCAACGCAGAGCGGCGCAGCUCCAUCCUCACGGAAACUCUCCGCAGAGUCUCCAUUGAUGAAACCGCCGGUUUCCGAGGUCCGGAGCCCAUCCGCCAGUCUUUCCGCCAGCCGCCGCCUCCAAUAAUUGUCCCUGGAUCCCAAGGUCAUCCUGGAGGUGAUGGCUACCCAGAAAAACGCAAGCAGUCACUCAUACUCAGUCCCCUGGCAGCUGCCCGCAAGUUCUCCUUCAUUGGGAACUCCCAACAGACUACAAAUAAUCCCCAGUCCACGACGAUAGAGGACGGGGUUCGUGAACUUUCUGAGAGGAAAUUCUCGGUGGUACCCGAGGACGAUCAAGUAGAGGAGGUGCUCCCCAGAGGGAACCUGUACCACCAUGGGUUGCAACAUCUCAACGGGCAGCGGCGCCAAUCCGUCCUGGCGUUCAUCACCAACGCUCAGGGCCAUGAGCGCAGAGAGCAGCAGAUGCAGUCAUCCUUCAGAAAAAAGCUGUCCAUCACGCCACAGUGCGACCUGGCGUCCGAGCUGGACAUUUACGCCCGUCGCCUGUCCAAGGACAGCGUUUAUGACAUUAGUGAGGAAAUUGAUGAAGAAGACAUGGAGCAAUGCUUCGCAGAUGAACGUGAGAACAUCUUUGAAACUACCUCAUGGAGCACUUACCUACGCUACAUCACCACCAACAGGAGCUUAGUCUAUGUCCUCAUGUUCAUCAUCUUUGUCUUUGUCAUUGAGGUUGCUGGUUCAGUCAUCGGCAUUUUCCUCAUAACUGAUGAGAUCUGGAGGGAUGGCGCCAACCCCUCAUCACCCAACUACAUCGAUGAGCAGCACCCCAACUCUUCGGCGCCCCCGGUCCACCUAGCCGUAAUCGUCACACCGACCAGCGCUUACUACAUCAUCUACAUCUAUGUGGCCACAUCAGAGAGCGUGCUGGCUUUAGGAUUCUUCAGGGGUCUCCCACUAGUGCACACGUUACUCACGGUUUCCAAAAGACUGCACGAACAGAUGUUGACUUCUGUACUUCGGGCCCCCAUGGCUCUGCUCAACACUAUGAAGACAGGCCGGAUCAUGAACAGAUUCACCAAGGAUAUGGCCACCAUAGAUGACAUGCUGCCUCUGGUGCUGUUUGACCUCAUACAGUUGACAUUGAUUGUCACAGGUGCCAUCUUCACUGUGUCCAUCAUACGGCCGUACAUCUUCAUCGCCGCCAUCCCGUUGGCUGUCAUCUUUGUUGUCCUCAGGAAGUACUUUCUACGAACUGGACAGCAACUCAAACUACUUGAGGCUGAAGCUCGUAGUCCAAUCUUCUCCCACCUCAUCAUCUCACUGAAGGGUUUGUGGACGAUUCGGGCGUUCGGCCGUCAGACCUACUUCGAGACGCUCUUCCACAAGGCUCUAAACACUCACACGGCCACCUGGUUCCACUACCUGUCUGCUCUGCGAUGGUUCCUGUUCCGCUGUGACAUGAUCUUCGUCUUGUUCUUCAGUGCCGCCGCCUUCAUCGCUGUGGGAACCAACCAGGACAAACCAGGUGAGGUAGGCAUCAUCGUGGCCCUGGCCAUGCUCAUCCUGGGGACUUUCCAAUGGGCUGUCAUCACCAGCAUCACAGUAGACGGACUGAUGCGUUCAGUGGAUCGAGUCUUCAAGUUCAUCGACCUGCCAUCUGAGGAGCUGCUGCCGGGGAAACACGGCGGUAAAGGAGGCCCUGACCUCGUCAUCGACAACCCUCACGCCCGCGACUGCUGGCCGAACCGCGGCCAGAUGGACGUCCAGGGUCUCACCGUCAAAUACACCGAGGCCGGACGCGCCAUCCUCAGCGACAUCUCCUUCUCUGUGGACGGGGGACAGAGUAUUGGUCUACUGGGCAGGACGGGUUCAGGGAAGAGCACCCUGUUGUCCGCUCUGCUGCGUCUCGCCUCCACUGAUGGAGAAAUCUCCAUUGACGGUGUCUCAUGGAGCUCCGUCUCCCUGCACACGUGGAGGAAGGCCUUCGGAGUGGUGCCGCAGAAAGUGUUUAUUUUGACCGGCACUUUCCGGAUGAACCUGGACCCACAUGGACGUUACAGCGAUGACGAGCUGUGGAGGGUAGCCGAGGAGGUGGGUCUGAAGUCGGUGAUCGAGCAGUUCCCGGACAAGCUGGACUUCCAGCUGGAAGACGGAGGCAACGUGUUGAGCAACGGACACAAACAGCUGAUGUGUCUCGCCCGCUCCAUCCUCAGCAAGGCCCGCAUCCUGCUGCUGGACGAACCCUCCGCCUACCUCGACCCCAUAACGUUGCAGGUCCUGAGGAAGACAUUGAAGCAGGUUUUCUCCGGCUGCACCGUCAUCCUAUCAGAGCACAGAGUGGAGCCGCUGCUGGAGUGCCAAUCAUUCCUGAUGAUCGAGGGCAGCUCCAUGAAAAGCUACGACUCCAUCCAGAAGCUUCUGAACGAGACGAGUCACCUGAAACAGGCCAUGAGCCCCGCCGACAGGCUCCGCCUCUUCCCAACGCUUCACCGCCUCAACUCCAGCAAGAGGGCGGCGCCGCAGACCGCCAAGAUCUCAUCCCUGCCAGAAGAAGCUGAGGACGAAGUCCACGACACCCGACUCUAAUAACCGGCCAGAUACACACACACACACACACAGACACACACACACACACACACACACACACAACAACAGUUUGAUUCAACACUGAAAUCCCAACUUAUUUUUGUAGGAAAACAUUUUAAAAGCAAAGUGAACACAUUUAAGUCAGGUUUUCCAUCACUGGAACAAUUUGGAUCCAUAUAAUCAUCUAACACACACACACUUCUUCACAUACACAUACAGUAUAUUGUACUGUAAACAUGCAAUAAAGCACGACACACAAUAAAAACACAGCAAAGAGCGUCUGGCUGCACACUCAGCUGAACAUGUUACUGUCACAGAACGAGGCUGAGCUACGGAGCUAAUUUACUGACAGAAAUCCAGACUAAUAAAGGUAAUGACUCACUCAUAACAGCAGCUCACUUAUAACAGAAAGUAUCUGUAAUAAUUUGGAUUGUAACAGCCAACUGCGUAUAAAUCUUUAGUAUUAAAUUCUUCAUGAAUAUAAAUCAGGUAUGUACAGUGCAAAAUGUGAGGGCAAUAAAACUUCAAAUCAUGUGUAAAACCUUCAACAGUACAGUACAAGAUACUGUAGCUGUGGGUUUGGACGUUGCAUAAAAAAAGCAUUGGUAUGUAGGUGAAUUGAAAUUUCAUGGUAGCUGCACGAAAACUGUACAAAUUGAAGCUGUGAGGUGAAAAUCUGUCAUUAAAUUAGAAAAAUAUGAAUAUACCGAUGCAGUAUAUAUGUACGUGCAGCAGGAAGACCUCUGAAGCUCCAUGAAGAAGGGACCACUUAUAAAAAAAAAAACAUGAUGGCUAUAAGUAAAACAACUCAAAUGUUAGUGAAGCACAUAACAGACUCCACCUGGCCUCAAACUGGACACUUAUUGUUAUUGAAAAGCAUUUCGAGUGCCUUUUGGUGCUGGACAAACUGUAUAAGGGCUUCUUCUUUUUUUCUCCUGAGGUCCAAAAAAAAAUCUGUAUUUGCUUUGAAAAAGCGUGAAAUAUAUAAAACCUUUUUUUUGCAUAUUUUGUUGUUUUAAAAUACAAGGGUUAACUUGCUGAGAAAACUGUUUUGUUGGAAGUGAAGUGGAAGCGUUCCCGUUCUUUAGAUGGUUUGACUCAGACUGAGCUGCAGCCGCUGUAGAAAUCUCAUGUCUCAUAUUUGCUGCACAAACAGAAAGUGUAACUAUGAGCAUCAAUUAGUAAACACAGAUCAAAUCUAAUUAGUUAAUGAUAAUGUUGCACAAUAAAAACAGACAAGUAAGUUGAUGACUUGCUCUAUCUUUUGCUAUCAGUUUUGGCCUUUUAAUACUAAUUAAUACUAAGCCGAUAUUUCAUGUAGAUGAGGAAAACAAAGCGUAUUUAAUCCUUUACAAACAUGUUCAUGUUCUAAACCUUCACAGCAUCGACUCAUAAUCAGUCUCUCUACUAAAACCUCUGAGCUACAAAUCUAUUUUUAGUUCAUAAAUACCUCACCUGUCAUUAAUAAACGGGCGAUUAAUCCUUCAUUCAGAUUUCAGAGAGCAGAGAGAGUUCAGGGUUUUACACAAAAAACAUUCACAACCUGGACCAAGAAUGUCUAUCAGCUGGACAAAAAUCUAAAAAAAAAAAGUCAAGUCAAAAUAAUUUAGCAUAUUCUAGGUCACUUUAGACAAAAUCAUAAAAUUUCAGGCUUUCAGAAUGAUGUUCAUGGUGUUUCUACUGCUGUCUAAUGUAAAAAUCAGUCAAAUGUGACCUGAACAGGAUGUAAAAAUUAGGAUUUGAUUGUCUCAGUGCAGGAAUCACUGUUUGUCUUUGAACAGGAAGAGAAGCAUUAAUGAGCUGCAGACAAACCAUUAUUAUUAUUAUUAUUAAUCAUUAUUAUAUUCACCUCUCAUUAACGACAGGAACAAAACAUAAUAUUAUCCACAAACUGAUGCAACAUGAGCCGCAGAUCAAGCAUCAAAACACCGCUAACAUGCUGUAAUAUAUAAAAAAUCUGAAAAAAAAACGAAGUGGAAGUGGUGCUGGAUACAAAAAUCAAUUAAAUAGCAAUACAAGGAUCACCAGCACAUCGAACCAAAGCUCCCUUUAAUUUUAUUAGUGACAUUUCUACCAACUUACAGGUCUUCCUCAGGCAGAAAUAUCCUUCUUGUAUUGCUGUUAGAUUUAUAAUCCGUGUAUAAAUUACUCUUGAGAAUUAAGGUAAAGUAGAGACUUCUACAGUGGCUUCACUUCUGUAUCUGUGGUCUGACCCUGCAGUAACUUCAACACACACACACAUAGAAACGGGAACGGUAACGUCAUUGGCUGACGUCACUAACGAGCGAUGACUCUGAUACCCUUAUUUUUCAAUCUGUAUGCACUUUAGAGACACCCUGAGGUACUCAAGAGCUUUCACAGCAAGGAAAACAGUCGAAUGAUUGAACGCUGUACAACAGUUUCUUCAAUUCUUCCAUAAAAUUAAGUGUAGAUGUAGAAUUAUGACCUCUGAUAACAAAUUACGCUUUUUACUUUUAAUUUUUUUCAGCCUAUAAUACUUGACAAAUUAUAGGGAGAAGGCAGUAAUUCAUCAAAAAAAAAAGUACAUUUUCUAUUUGAAAUGAAUAUAUUUUCAGAGCUGCUGCUGUAUAAAACGCAAAAACCAACCAUUUUUUAACUCUUAUCUGUACUUCCCUCUGAAACUGGAAACGAUAUUGACUCUCCUGAUGUUUUUUCUUCUUUUGGUUUGAGGGAAGAGCACGUUGCUCCUUUCAUACUGAAUGAUAGUUUUGUAAAGAAGCAAUGCAGAAAAAAUUAAGGUACCGUGGAGAAAUGCCUUGAUGUGUUAACUGUGACAACAGAUUUUUUUUUUUACAGUGUAAAUUAAGAAAAAGCUGUUUCUUACUCAUAGGAAAAGGGACACAAAUGUCCAAAAAAUGUAUAAAUGUAUUUGUUCAAUCAACUAUAUUUCCAGUAAAACUUAAGAUUUUGAGAA